AACGGUAAAUUCUUCGAUCAUUUGCCGCACAUCUUCUGUCAAAAAGGAAAAAGUUUGUAUGAGUGAUACUGGGCUUAACGUCAACGCGCCUCUCUUUCACACCUGAAAUCUUCCAUCACCAACCACAACCGAACUCCAACAACAAUGCCUCUCGUAGGGUCCCUCCUCUUCUGCAAGGACUGCGGAAAUCUGCUCGCUAGGAAACCAUCUACGACCAGUACGAUCCAUUGCCACAUAUGCGAUGCCUCAAACAACAACAUCUGGCCCACCUACGUCGUAACGCAAUCCAAACCCGGCGCCUUCCCCUCCUCUCUCGAGAAUAAACGUUCCGCAGGCGGCAUACAAGAGAUCGACUGGGCGGCCGCUGCCGACACAUGGCCCACGACGUCCCAGCCUUGCCCCGAGUGCAAUCACCCUGAGAUGUUCUUCCGCGAGAUGCAGUUGCGGUCGGCGGAUGAGGGGAGUACGGUCUUUUAUCGGUGCGCGAAGUGCAGUCAUAUGUAUAAGGCUGAUAACUAG